CCGUAGAUCGUUUCGAACAAUCCCUCCGACGUCCUUCGGCGUCAGCGCGGAAUGAUGACGCCACACGCAAACGCCAAACGUGUUUCUCUCCUUUCUCAUUAGCAGCUAUGCUCCUGUAAAAACCUUAAAUUAUAAAUGUUCACAGGUAUGGCUGUGAGUCGUCUGAGGUUGUUGAAGCCACUUCUGUGUCCGUCCCUGGUGCGACAUGUUCGGCCUCCCCACGUGGUCGCCUCUAGGAUCACUGCGCCACCUCAGUGUGCUGAUUCCACCCUCUUUGCCAUGUGUACCAGGCUGUAUGCCACCAAGAAGGCAAAAGCUAAAGCAAAGAGCCAGCCAGCUAAGCUGAACAUUAAUGCGUCUCUGGUGGAAGACAUCAUCAGUCUAGAUGAAGUGAAGGAGGACAUGACAGCCGUUGUUGAGACGCUCAAAGAGGAUUUCACACGCAACCUAAGCAUCCGAACCUCAGCAGGAGCCCUGGAUCACAUUGUGGUGACGACUCAAGACGGGAAGUUCCCUCUCAACCAGCUGGGUCAGAUCUCCAUGAAAUCACCUCAGCUCAUUAUAGUCAACAUGAGCGGCUUCCCUGAGGCUGCAGCCACUGCCACCCACGCCCUCAGAGAGAGUAGCUUAAACCUAAACCCAGAGCUGGAAGGGACCAACAUCAAGGUGCCCAUUCCCAAAGUGACUCGGGAACACAGAGAGAACUUAGUCAAACUGGCCAAACAGCUUAGCAACAAAGCUAAAGACUCCCUAAGGCGGGUCCGCUCUAAUGCCGUCUCACAAGUCAAAAAGGCCAAGGAAGGACACUCGGAGGACACCAUACACCUCCUAGAAAAGCAGAUUCAGCAGAUGGCGGACAGCGUUGCAGCCGAUGUCGACAAACUGCUGGCAGCUAAGACCAAGGAACUGUUAAACUGACCAUAACCAUUAAAAAGCUAUUAUUUUUGAUGU